CACUGAGGGAUGGCGGCAGUGGCUGAUGACUUGAUGGCUUCAGCAUUCUUUGUUUCCUGAUAUGGUUUGCAGUAUUUUUCGCUCACAGCAGUAAUACCAUUUCUUGAUAGUAGAGAUUUAAAAUUUUAAAAUAUUAUGAAAACAACAGGUGAUUCUUUUUUAAAAUCCCAGGGUUGUAAAAGACUUUCAAAGCAUGAUAUCAAAGACAGAAGCCAUGAAGGAAGUGACAAGUAUAUCUGCUUACAUAAAGAUAUAAAAGCUUCUGGUAGGGAGGUUUAGAUAGCUCAGAGGUAGAGUGCAUGCUUAGUAUGGAUGAGGUCCUGGUUCAAUCCCCAGUACCUCCAUUAAAAAAAAAAGCUUCCGUACAUCAAAAAACAUCAUAAGCAAAGCUACAGCAAUGGCAACGUGGAGGAAAUAUUUGUAAUAAAUGUCAAAUAGUGUGUAUUAAAUAUCAUUAAAACAUAAAUAGCACUUAUAACUCAAUAAGAAAAAGAACACACCAGUUAAAAAAUGGGCAAAGACCACAGAUGGUCACAUCCCAAAAGAAGAAAUAACAGCUGGCCAAAAAACAUGUUAGAAAAUAGUUUAAUAUUUCUGGUAAUCUGAGACAUGCAAAUGAGAGCAGCAAAUUGUGUGUGUGUGUGUGUGUAUGUGUUGUAGGGGAGGAAAAUUAAUUUUCUCUCUACCCUUCUAAAUUCUUGGCUGAGAUUACCCUGUAAUAAAAGACAAAACAACAAGAAAAACAAACAGACCUUUAAUAACACGUAUACCUCCUGUAUACAUAUGAGAAACCCAGGAAAACUGAGGAACUCCCUGAAAUGGCCCAAGCCACCACCUUAAUUAGCAUCUCCAGCUAAAGACAAAAGAGGGGAGGGAGCCUCUUAUGCCAGGUGACCUGGAAAAGGACAGUAAACAAAGGUAAGGUUGUUACGCAGAUUUAAGUUGCUGCCUUCUCUAUUGAGAAGCUGAGUUUCUAGGGCUUUAGAGUCAUCCUUUUCUUCCUUGUACAGAUGGGAGACACCCUUACAAAUGGAGAUUUCCCUCAUAAAUGUAAAUGUCUCUUACAAAAAGGGUCCCUUCCCCUUGAUUUUCAAAGCUUCUCCUGUAUCUGCUGUGUUUUUUUUUAAACCAACUCAAAAUAAUCCUUAUGCUAAGGAGUCAUUUUUGAGCUAGCAAAUUCUGCAGCCUUUUAAAAAGUGAUAAUGACCUAUUGGCCAGGCUGUAGCAAAAACACAUUCCCAUGUUCCCUGCAAGAGUGUAAAGUCAAAGACAUUUUUUGGAAGGCAGAUUAGAAUCACAGGUUAAAAGCCUGAAAAUAUUUAUUCCCUUUGAAUACCUAGAAAUUCUCAUUCUACAAAUGUAGACUAAAUAAAUAGUAAAGGAUCUGAAAAUUUUGGCUUAAGUUACAUGUGCAACAGGAGGAGACUGGUUGAGUUGCAUAUCCACAUAACUGAAUAAAAUGAAGCUGUUAGAAAGUGAAAUUGUAGGAGCAUGUUAGUCACAUGGAGUAUAUUCAGGAUAUGGUUUGGGACAAUGCAUAAGGCCACCAUGCUGGACAGGUGGAUGGGGUCUGGAGUAGAGAAGGCCUUGCCUGUCAGGCUAAGGAGCUUGACCUUUUCCUGUAGGUACUGGCCAGGCAUUAAAAGAUUUUAGAGGGCAGAUCAGACUGUAUUUUAGAUAGCUCCCUCUUGCAACAGUGUGCCUGGAGGUAAGAUACCAGAGAAAAUGAUGGCAGUGAUCCAGGGGGAGAAGAUGAGGACCUGAGAGUAUAAACAUUAGUGAAUAGAACCUAGGACAGACUUUAGACAGCCCAAGGCAUGGAUCUUUCCUGUGGUGGGCAAUGUUUACAAACACUUGUCCUCAGGAACCCCUGAAUAGUUGGGUGUUAUCAUAGGCGGUGGAGCCAGGAGGACUGGAGCCAUGGGGCUGGGCCUCUGAAGAUUGUGUGCCUGGCUGAACACCACUUUCCUGUCCCUCUCUCGCUCUCUUUCUCUCUUAGUUAGUUUUCCCACCCCCGCCUUCACUGCUUAAUCCGCUAGCCCCUCAUUUAGGAUGGUCUUGGUGACUCGUCCUCCUUCCUUCCUGACGACAUUUCUCAAAGUACUAACACUUCCUCCUGCGAACAAAAAUGAUCUUUAGGCAUUAGGACCAGGAGCGUUUAUUGAAUCCAGUGUUGGGGUGAAGCAGAAUUUGACAGGGAGCUGGACAAUGAUGCCUAUGAACUUGGGGCUGAUAGGACUGUGGAACAGGCACAGCAAGAGGAAGUGGGAAAAGUGAUACUGAGAGUGUGGGUAAGGAAGAUGGGAACCUGGGACCGGAGUGGUUCAGAGGAUGAACUGGUACAGUUGCUGGUACCUAGAUUGGGUGCUUAGGAAAAAGCUGAAUUUUUAAGUUUCUGGACAAGAUAACCUUGGAGUAGCACAGAGAGCUGCUCUCUCCUGGGGAAGCUGAGAGAAGGAGGUUUUGAAUGGAACUUGAAGAUUUUUCCAGGAAAAAAAUCAUCCAAAAAAGACCUCAAUUUUGUAAGGAUUCAAGAACUGUAAGCACCCAGCCGACCUGGGAAUGAGAUCUUCCUCCUGGCCUGCCCUCCAUGUCCGGGAGCUAUCGUCGUCUUCAAGCUACAGAUGCACAUGUUGAAUGGAGCUCUCUUGGCCCUGCUGUUUCCUGUGGUAAAUACGCGGCUGCUCCCCUUUGAAUUGGAGAUUUACUACAUUCAGCAUGUUAUGCUCUACGUGGUGCCCAUCUACCUGUUGUGGAAAGGAGGUGCUUAUACCCCGGAGCCCCUCAGCAGUUUCCGGUGGGCCCUUCUUUCAACUGGCCUCAUGUUCUUUUAUCACUUCAGCAUCUUGCAGAUCCUGGGCCUGGUCACCGAAGUGAAUUUGAACAACAUGCUGUGUCCGGCCAUCUCAGACCCAUUCUACGGCCCCUGGUAUCGCAUCUGGGCCUCGGGACACCAGACUCUCAUGACCAUGACCCACGGGAAGCUGGUCAUCCUGUUCUCAUACAUGGCUGGGCCUUUGUGUAAAUAUGUGCUGGAUUUGCUCCGGCUUCCAGCCAAGAAAAUAGACUGAAGGUGCUUGUGU